UCAAGUUUUUAUUUUUAUUAAUUAAGCUUAUAUGAAUCAAUUAAAUAUCAAUUUAAUCAAUUAGAUAAAUUAUUAGAAUUACAAUCAAUAUAAGUCAUAAAUACAUCAACUUAUCUGUUAAAUAUUUUGUAAUUGUAUUCUAAUAUGUCGCUACCUCCAAUCGAUUUUACCGUUCCACCGCCUCGAUUAAAUGUUCCAGCACCUCCUGUAGCCACCGUGCCGUCGCAAACGUUGUUCAACUAUCCGCCGCCACCACCACCGGCACCCUCGACCAAUCUAUCACAACCUUAUAGUUCUGUACAAGGAAUGCCACCAAUGACUAUACCACCGCUCUCCCAUACAACUUCAUAUCCGCCGCCUCCCUACCCGCCUCCUUACCCACCCACUCAACCGCCACCAAGCUAUGGGUACUAUGGAGACACAGGUUAUUAUUAUAACCAAGCAACCACAAACAACGAAAAUCAAUGCACAUCUCGAAGCUGGAGUAGCAAAUCUAGUGCUAGUGAAAUGAAGGUUAAUGAAAAAUCCCCUAUUUCCACUCCCAGUUCUUCCAGAUGUUCCAAUAGACAUGAUGAUUCACGGAGUGUGGAAAUAUUUAAAAAAGAUUCAAGUGAAAAACCCUGGUCAUCCAAAGAUAGUAUAGCGUCUAGCUCAAGGUCUCGAAUCAGUCCUAGAAGAGAUUGCAGCUAUGAUAGAGAGAGAAAGGAAGCAAGAAGCAGGUCUUACAGAUCUAGAAGUCCAAGUUAUAGUUCGAGUUACAGCCACCAUAGCAGAAGCAGUUCCCACAGAGAAAGGGAUGAUAGAUAUUAUAGGAAACGGUAUGAAGAAGAGAGAAGGGAAUAUGAGCUUAGGAAAUAUUAUUUGGAAAGAAGAGAGAGACACAGGUAUGAAAGAGAAAGGUCCAGUAGUCAUAGACGGGAACAUGGAGAUGAUAGAUAUGAGGACAAAUACAGGCCUUCGUCUCAUAGGAGCAGAGAAUCAUCAUCUGUUUCAUCAAGAAGGUCUGAAGCACCACACAAACCAAUGACUGAUAGAGAAAAAAUAUUAGAAGACUACAGGAGAAAUUACUGUAAAACUUCAGAAGAUUUAAUCAAGAGGAUGGAGAAAUGGUCUAAAGAACAUCAAUCUGAUGAAGAGGAGCAGAAUCCAAAAAUAUGGUACAGAAGUUCUCCAGCUGAAUUAUAUUACAAGGCAAUAGAGGGUGGUAGUGGUGUGGAACAAACUCGUAAACUGGAGAAAGUGUGUGAGAAUUUCUUUACUCUGCUCAUUGAUAGAGGCAGGAAAGCAAGGCCUGAAGUUGACGAGCUGCCUCCCUUGAAGCCACAGAAGGCUAAGCGAUGUAAACAUCAUGAUGAAGGUUCAUCUUCUUCAUCAUCAUCUUCAUCGGAAGAAGAAGAUUGUCUGGAUGAGGAGAAUCUGCAAGGCUAUACAGACAGAAUGAUGUUGGAACUUCAGAGAAAGCAGAGUCAUCCAAGGAGAUUGCAUCCGGAAUUAUGGUUCAACAAUACUGGUGAAAUGAAUGGUGGCCCGCUGUGCAGAUGUAGCGCUCGGGCAAGACGAUUCGGUAUUCGCCAUGGAGUGUAUGCGGGAGAGCAACAGUUUCCCAAGUGUAUCCCAACACAGAGCAAUAUUGAGAAAUUGUACCAUUAUAGAAUAACCGUAUCGCCCCCCACCAAUUUUCUUAUCAAAGCUCCGACAAUAAUAAGCCAUGAUGAACACGAAUUUCUGUUUUCUGGUUUUUCGAUGUUCUCACAUUACAAGUUGGCGAAAUUACCCACAUGUAAAGUUAUAAGGUUUAAUAUCGAAUAUACUAUUUUGUAUGUGGAAGAACCGGCGCCAAAGAAUUUUACAGUCCAAGAGCUGGAUAUGUUUGAGGAAUUUCUAUUCAAGGAGUUAUUAGAGUUAGUAGACUUGGACCUUGGUAAAGGUUCAGAUACAACUUGUUCCCAGUUUCAUUUUAUGCCACGAUUUGUAAGGUAUUUACCAGAAGGAGGUUGUGAGGUAUUAUCAAUGUGUGAAGUAUUAAAAUACUUAAUAGAUGAAAGUGGUCUAUUGAUCCCACCAGAAUCACUCGAAGAAGUACAUAACAUGGAUCAUUAUCAUUGGCAAAAAUUUGUUGACAGGAUUAAAGGCAUGAUAGUGACAUAUCCAGGGAAAAAGCCCUGUUCAGUUCGAGUGGAUCAAAUAGAUCGCAGUCCUCCGUUUAGUGUUAAAAAUUCCAAAGAUAUUAGUACAUUUUACCCGGAAAUUGUGCAUUUCGGUAUACGACCACCUCAACUCAGUUAUGCGGGUAAUCCAGAAUACCAAAAAGCCUGGCGUUUUUACGUAAAGUACCGUCAUUUGAUAGCCAACAUGGCGAAACCAUCUUUCAACGAGCGCCAAAAGCUCGCGGCCAAAGAAGCGACGUUACAAGAAAUGCGCACACAGAGUAAAAUGAAAAGAGAUGUCACAGUCGCUAUAUCGUCUGAAGGUUUCCACACUACGGGGCUUAUGUGUGAUGUUGUGCAACACGCCAUGUUAAUCCCAGUUCUGGUCCGUCACUUGCGUUUCCACAAAUCUCUAGACAGUCUCGAGAACAUAAUCAGUUAUAAAUUCAAACAAAGGGCUUUACUUCAAACGGCUUUAACGCACCCUUCGUAUAGAGAGAACUUUGGCACAAAUCCUGAUCAUGCGAGAAAUACGCUAACAAAUUGUGGGAUAAGACAACCUGAGUAUGGGGAUAGGAGAAUUCAUUAUACUAGAAAGAAAGGUAUUGUGACCCUAAUCAACAUAAUGUCACGUUUCGGCAAAAGCAACGAAACGGAAUCGGAAAUCAAACACAACGAGAGACUCGAGUUCCUCGGUGACGCAGUGGUUGAGUUCAUAUCGUCCAUACAUUUGUUCAAAAUGUUCCCCGGUUUAGCUGAAGGUGGUCUAGCUACGUAUAGAGCGGCUAUCGUGCAGAACCAACAUCUAGCUUUGUUGGCUAAGAAUAUAGGCUUAGAACAAUACAUGCUGUACGCGCACGGGUCGGAUUUGUGUCGAGAAGUAGUGAUGCGUCACGCUAUGGCCAAUUGCUUUGAAGCUCUCAUGGGCGGACUUUUCCUUGAUGCUGGACUUGAGAUAACAGAUCGCGUAUUCGCACAAGCGCUAUGGCACAACGAGCCUAUACUGUACGACAUUUGGAUGAAGGAACGAGCACACUCGUUGCAAGAACAAGAGCCUUUGGGAGAUCGGCAGUAUAUCAAAGACUUUGAGUUUCUGCAAAAGUUGACCGCUUUUGAGGAGUCUAUAGGUGUAAAAUUCAAGCACAUUCGUCUCCUAGCGCGAGCAUUCACAGACCGUUCAGUGGGUUUCACGAACCUAACCCUAGGUUCUAACCAGCGUUUAGAGUUCCUAGGCGAUACGGUACUACAGCUUGUUGUAUCUGAUAAACUGUAUAGGCACUUCCCUGAACAUCAUGAAGGGCAUUUGUCGUUACUACGUUCGUCACUAGUAAACAACCGUACACAAGCGAUGGUGUGCGACGACCUUAACAUGUCGGACUACGCGAUAUACAACAACCCUAAAGCGAAACCGACCGCCAAAAAACAUAAGGCUGACCUGCUUGAAGCUUUCCUGGGUGCUUUGUAUAUUGAUAAAAAUCUAGAAUACUGUCAAGUGUUCUGUAACGCGUGUCUAUUCCCACGUUUACAAGAGUUCAUUAUGAAUCAAGACUGGAACGAUCCAAAGUCGAAAUUGCAGCAAUGUUGCCUCACUCUACGCUCUAUGGAAGGAGGGGAACCGGAUAUACCUGUUUACAAGGUGAUCGAGUGUCUGGGCCCGACGAACACGCGCGUGUACACGGUGGGCGUGUACUUCCGCGGGCGGCGGCUGGCGGCCGGCCGCGGCCACUCCAUACAGGAGGCCGAGAUGAACGCGGCCGAGCAGGCGCUCAGCUGCGCGCACGAACUAUUCCCUCAACUGGACCACCAGAAGCGUGUAAUCGCGAAGAGCAUGAAGCGCAAGCGCAAACGUCACGACGGUGUGGAUAGCUAUAACAGCACUAAGGACAUUCUCCUCAAACAAGACGAGGACAAAGUGCCCAAAGCGUAUCGAUCAGAUAAUAAACUGGAAGAAAGUUCCGAAUCGGACAACCCCGUAUCAGACACGGAAGUUAAAGAAUUAAAAUCUGACGAUGAACGACAUGACAAUGACGAUGAUGACUCUGGUCUUGAUAGCGACACAGAGACAGAUAAAUAUGAAAAUGUACAAGUCAGCAGUCUUCUAAACGAUAUGGAAAAAUUGAAACAGGAUCUAAUAGCUCGCAACGAAUAUGACAAGUUGAAGGAGAAAUGCAGGAAAUCCGAUUCGGAUGAUGAUUAGAGUGAGAACUUGUAGGUAUUUUCUGUUUUUGUGGU